AGACAGUCAGUGAUCUGCUAACAGCCGUUUAACAACGCACCGAGUCCCAGCCGCGGCGGCAGACCGGGAGACUGCGGGAGUCUCAGUCUGGAGGACUUGUUGAGAUAAUUCGCUAAGAGGGUUAAUAUCGAUCGAAAAAAGGAACCUUCUCCGUCACACAGCAUCUUCUCACCGGACACAAAGUCUUCAGGAGAGGCGUCUCCUGGCUCGUUACGCACAACUUUUACGCACAACCCUGCCGAUGAACAGACCUCGACGCGCUUUCCAUGUCACUUGCAGCACGGAAUACUACUUCAUACUCCCACAGGUGUGAUUAUGUGAAGUGAGCUGCGAACUGCAGAGAUGGAUGAAACGUUCAGCUUCAUGCUCCGCUGAAACAAGACAGACACCACGGAACACUGGGGGAACUUGUCUGGAACGGCGAGCCGCACCGGGUGCCAAAAUGAGCCUUUGCUACCGGAGCUGGAGGAUCUUACAGAUAUUCUUUGCGACAAUUACAGCAGUCCUCACGCAAGAUUUGAGCAGUAAAGAGCUGAUGGACAGUAAAGGCCCAGUGCCCAGUGCCUUCUUGCCGGUCAACUACGAGGUACGUGAUGCGGACUACCUCUUCCUAAAGGAGGCUGGGCAGGACUUUAUGAGGAACUCCAGCAUGCAGAGUCACACGCAGCCCUUUGUUAUCUUAAGAGCCAGUCGCCAGCCAGCUGUCAAUGCCAGCUACGGCACUAUGUCCACGGAGCAGCUCGUGCCUCUAGAUCUGGUCCAGUCGGUUCGGCUCUUCAACGCUCCGGAGGUCUUUACGUUUAAUUGGAAAAUCCAGGCCUUCAUGCUGACGCCUCGGGUUUUCUCCUCCAAGCCCAAAGUGCGGGUGCUCUUCUACGUGGCGGGAAGGGACUGGGGCAAGGGAGAAGGAAGUGUGGAUGAGCUACCGUGUGUGACGGCGUAUGCUUUCUGGCAAACUCAGGAGGUGAGGGGUUCCUGUGCAAUGGGAGGUGAAAAGGGAACCUGCAUGGCCGAGCUGGCGCCUCCACCUGGAUGGUUUGCUCAGGGGUCAGAGGGCACCAGCAGGGAGAGGCAGGAUCCAUCUACCGGGAACCCUGUGGAGCUGUACUACCAGGCACAGCCUAAAGUAAACGGGAAGUGUAAUUCUGUGGAUGGAAGUCGUUGGGGUGGCUCGCAGCAGCAGCAGCAGGCAGAGUACGUUCCCGUCACUCCCAUGCAGAGGAUUGGAAGCGUACGUCUCCUGCAGGUGCCUAAAGGGAUGGCAACACUCUCUCGGCUCAAGCUUGGCAAUGCCAUCGUCAUUCGGACAUCCUCCAAACCGCUGAAGAAGACUGAUAUCGCCACCUUCUACAUACUCAUGGCCAGCUCGGCUCAGCUCACUAACUUCACUCUCAGAGCGACAGUAAAGAAAGGCGUGACCUUUCGAACAGCGACACCCACUAACUCUUUACUGUGGGACAUCACUCUGGAUAUGGGUGCAGAUGGAGCCAUCGCUGUUAUUUGUCAGAGGAAGGCUCCCAUACCUGGGAAAAGGCUUGAGAGCAGUCUGCUGGAGGUGCUUCAGAUGGAUUUCGAGGUGGAGGAGCUGAGCAGUCCUCUCGACAGCCAGGUGAUCAUAUGGAAACUGGAGCUACCGUCCGAAUCCAAAAAUGUACCCAAGACCGAAGGAGCCAUGAGGAUCUACACCACGCAGAGAGACUUUGUCGGCCUGGCCCCUCUUGUAAUGGACACAGACAUCCUGAACACAGCCGUUCUGACUGGAAAGAAGGUGGUGAUGCCUGUGAGGACAGUAGCUGUGGAGGAAGAUGGAGUAGUCACUGAUGUGUCUGACUACACAGACUGUGGCUCCACUGAUGAAGACGUACUCAAGGUGUCGGACAGAUGUGACUAUGUUUUUGUGAAUGGCAAAGAGAUGAAGGGCAAAGUGAAGAUGGUGGUGAACUUUACCUACAGCUACCUGAGUGCUCAGCUCGAACUGAACGUGUGGAUGCCCCAACUCCCUCUCCAGAUUGAGGUGUCGGACUCAGAGCUGAGUCAGAUAAAAAGCUGGAGGGUUCCCAUACUGACCUCAAAAAGAACUGGCUGGAACAGUGAAGAAGAUGACAGGAAGGGGAAGGGCUGCAUGCUGCAGUUCCAGCACGCCCUGGUGCGAGUGCUAACUCACUUUGUGGCAGAGCAGGCGGACCCUCGGGAUCCAAAAGCAUAUUUCCUGGGCUCGGAUUGGCAGGUGGAUGUCACGAGGCUGGUUCGAUACUUCAUGAAGGUGGAGGACCCUCGUGUGGCGAGGCUGCAGGCAGGAAGGGUGCUGUCAGGGCGAGAUCUUGGGACCACCACCAUCCAGGUGUUUUCUCCGCUGUCUGAUGCUAUGUUGGCUAAGACAACUAUCAAAGUUGUGGAUGACAAAGUGACCAUCACAGAGUUGGGGGUCCAACUGGUUACAGGCCUCUCCAUGACUUUACAGCUCAGUCCUGGAAGUAAUAGGGCCAUCUUGGCUACCACAACCACACAAGAGGUUUUACAGAGCCCCAAACAGGAAGCCUUGGUAAGUGCCUGGCUGCAGUUCAGUGAUGGCAACCAGACACCUCUUGACAUUUAUGAUCCUGCUUACUACCGAGUGACGGUGACAUCUCUAGAUCAGGGAGUGGUGUCAGUGCAGGACAAGCCUACGGUCGUGGUGGCAGAGGGCGAAGGCGAAGGAGUCCUGGUCAGAGUAGAGAUGUCCAUUUGCGAGGACUGCCAGAAGUCCAAACGCAAAAGCACUGUGGCCGUGGGCAACGGCAGCCUCAAGGUCAAGUUUCAGGUGAAUGGCCGGCGCCCGGGAGGCAAUACCAGCAGCACUGUUGGUGGCAAAGAUAACAGCAGGAAUGACGGGGAAUCCCAGAAUCCUCCACCACGUAGCUCAACCUCUGAUAGAGAGGAGAGCGCAAUGCAGAAGAUCACAACCACGAUCAAAUCUACAGAACGAACCUUCAUGACCAGCGGCAGCCUCGGAGGAGUGGGUAAGACCAGCAGUUCAGGAAACCCCGGCAGUCCUACCAGCGUGGUGAACAUCAGCAUGAUGAGCAGCCCCAGUGACAGCAGCAAAGCAUAUGGCUCAGACAAUAUGAUAGUGGAGGAUAUGGGCAGUGUUAGCUUUACUAGCACUGUGAAGGCCCCUGGGAACCUGGUGAACUACAACAACUUCCCCACCAAGGUGGAGGUACCUGGGCAGGAGACGGAGGUAGAAAUGGGUGGUGAUGAAAUGUUGGCCAACAGGCCGCUCACAGACUUGGAGAUUGGCAUGUACGCUCUGUUGGGCGUCUUUUGUCUGGCGAUCCUGGUUUUUCUGGUGAACUGUAUCUCGUAUGUUAUUAAGUUCAGACACAAGAAGCCUCCAUCUCAUGGCCAGGAGCCCACAGGUCACAGGCAUGACUGGGUAUGGCUCGGCACAGACGCUGAGUUAGUGAUGAGCGUGCCAGGCAGUCCUGUCCAGCAAGACUCCCAGACCGCAACCACUAUCAUAGACAUUGGGCCGGAUAAAACUGCCUCUCUGUCCAGAAGGCCCAGUUGCCUGGCCUCUGUUACAGACUCUCCCCUUGGCUGCGUGGGCUCCCUCAGGAGCAAACCUAUGCACACCGAGUCCCUCAAUUCACCCACGAGCAAGAGAAAGAGGGUCCAGUUCACCACCUUCUCCACUCUGGAGCGUCAGCAUUCACCACAUCUCCCGCACAGGGAGAACGGCCAUGGCAUCCAUUGGGUUGGGAAAGAGGACAGUUGUGAGGAGGACCCCCAAGUGCCCAUUACAGAGCCUGGGCAAGAGUUUUAAUACAGAACCUGAUCAGACCUCACAUGUACAGUAGAUGUGGCUUUGGUCACCUCAAUGCCUUUGUUAUCUCCAGCAACUGUGUAGAAUAUGUGAUUUUGGAAUUUCCCUCCUCCACAUUUCAUUACCUAUCAAGGCCUUUUACAUGUACAUGUACUGUAUAUUAUUGUUAAUAACAGAGAGUGGACGUGUGUGGUAAUGUUUCAGAUGGUUGAAAAGAUGGACUCUUAUUUACACAAUGUUUAAAGCCACCAGACGUUAAUGCUGCAUGUGGAUAUCUACUUCUCUAAAGUUUUGCGCUCACAUGCUGGUAUAAACCGUAGAAAAACACACUGAAAGAGUAUCCCGAAUAACAAACACAAAAUACCGGUUAGACAGAUAUGGGUUUCACCAAAAAUGUGGCUUUGAUUAAACAAAAAGUCUAAAUGAAAUUUGUGUUUUUCUAUCAUGUAACAUCCAACACCUUUAUCUUUGUAAAUUUAAGUUGAUCUAAUUUGAACUAGAUUUUGUUGUUUUUUAUUUAUCAUUAAAACAC